CUCCAGUUUGGUGGAGUUUGAAAUUGUUUGACUCGUUAAGUUGUGUCCUGUAUUGACGCGGCGGCCUGCUGAAAAGUUGUGCGACAUGAGCUGGGCAGUAGAGGAGUGGAAGGAUGGCCUUCCAGCGAAAGCCCUGCAGAAGAUCCUGGAGAUAGAGGGCCAGCUAGACAAACUGAAGAAGGAGAGGACUCAAAAGCAGUUUCAGCUGGACUCACUGGAAGCUGCCCUGCAAAAACAGAAGCAAAAGGUGGACAGUGAGCGAAGCGAUGCGUCUCAUCUUAAAAGAGAGAACCAGACUCUGCUGGAGUCAUGUGACUCUUUGGAGAAGUCCCGCCAGAAAGUUGUCCAUGACCUGGGGAUCAAGGAGCAGCAGGUUAGCUACCUGGAUGGCCAGCUCAGCGCCUCCAAGAGAACCAUAGAGCGACUGGAACAGGAGCUCAAAAAGUACAAGAAUGAGUCGGAUCGUUCCUCCUCCUCGUCUUCGCUGUCGUCGUCAUCGUGUUCUGAGCUGCAGGCCUAUGCUACUCCUUUGAAGAGCUUUCCUGCACCAAGCGCCACACCAGGAUACAGACAGCAAGACAACAGGCUGGAGGAGCUCCAGGGGAAAUACAGCCAUGAGGUGGAGGAGAGGAAGAGGCUGGAAACUGAACUCAAAGUGCUACAGGUUAAGAUGUUGAGUCAGUCCUCAACCACCGUCAGUCACAAAGAUAUAGCUGCCCGUCAGCAGGCCGGCUCCUCCAUAUUCCCAUGGCAGAAGUCGGACCAACCCCAGAGCCGGCCGUCCCAGGUUCCUUUGGAUACGCCCAUAAAGAGAUGCGGCGGGGGCGGUUCUUCCCUUUGGGAUGCACACGAUGAGACGCCAAUCAAACCCAGCCAGCGAAUGAGCUCUUCCGCUGUGGCACAGAGUCCGGCUGGUUCCUCCGACCAGAUGAAGCAACUGAAGGCUCUAAACCAAGAGCUGCGUGGCUGCAUGUCCGAGCUGGAGAGGAAUCUAGCCUCCCAGGAGAAGGAGAUUCGUGGUCAGAGCUCCCGGCUCCAGGAGCUGCAGAUCCAACUGGACCAGAGCCGCAGAGAGCUGGUGGAUCGGGACCGGGAUCUGGCUAAGACCCGCCAUGAGCUCACCCAGGCUUCAGCCAAACACCAGCAGUCUGAGGACAAGUGUUCGUCUCUGGAGCUGAAGCUCAAGCAGGUCACGGAGGAGAUGGGUUGCCAGAGGCAUAAUGCUGAGAGCUGCAAACGUGCCCUGGAGCAAAAGAUCAAGGACCAGGAAAGGACCAAUCAGAAGGAACUAGCACAACUGCAGAGUUCCCAGCAUGCAUUGGAACAGACACUGAACCAGACCAAAUCCAAGCUGACCCAGGAGAUCCAACAGGCCAAGAAGGACCACAACAUGCUAGAGGCUGAAAUGGAGAAGGUGGGCCACCAGAAGAGUCAGAUGCAGCGGGACGUGGAGGAGCACAGGCAGAAGCUGCUGAGGUCCGAACAAGGUCUCCAGACCAGCCAGAGCAAGGAGCAGGACCUCCGCAAGAAGAUGGAGGAGCUGCUCAAGGAGAAGAACAGCGUGUCAGUCCAGCUGGACCAGGGCAGCAGGCGGGUGUCUCAGCUGGAGGAGGAGAAGAAGAGCUCGGAGCAGAGCUUCAAGCGCACCCAAGGCCUGCUGGACGACAUGAAGGCUAAAUGGGAGGCGCAGACUGAGGAGGUGAAGGGGCUGAAAUGUAAGCUGGAGCAGCAGACUCAGUCCUCCAGCAAGGAGCUGGACAACCUGAGGAAGACUCUCUCAGAUGCUGAGGCCAAAACCAACAGCUCUCAGAGCGAGCUCCAGAAACAGAAGAGGGAGACGGAGCAGCUGAGCGACCGGCUGGCCGUCCUGGAGAAAGAGGGCCAGGCGCUGGGCGCCAGCCUGGCCUCCAGCCAGCGGGAGUGCACCGAGCAGCGGCUGGAGCACCAGGCUCUGCUGGCCUGGAAGGCCGAGAAGGAGGCCCUGAUCGACCAGACGGAGGCUGUGCAGGGUGUUCUCCGUGAGAAAAUCAGCGGCCUGGAGAGCGCCAUCUCCCUGCUGAACAAGGACCACGACGAGCUGAAGGGCCAGCUGAGCGGGGUGGAGGCGCAGCGCGCCGGCCUGUCGGCCCAGAUCGACUCCCUGAAGGGGGAGCUCCUCAACAAGAGCACCGAGCUGGAGGUGAGGGAGCGGCAGUACGAGGACGCCCAGGCCCAGCUCUCUGAGGCAGGACAGAAACACGCCAAAGACCUGGACAACAUCGGUGUCCAGGUAGCACUGCUCCAGGAACAGGUGGGGGCGCUGGAGGCGCGGCUGCAGCAGGAGGCCGGCCGGGCCGACCGGGCAGAGGUGUCCCGCGCCCAGCUCCAGGAGCAGCACCAGACCACCUGCGACCUUCUCCUGUCCAAGGAACAGAUGCUGGAGCUGGGCCAGGCCGAGACCAGCCAGCUGCGAGACAGCCUGGCCCUGGCCAGCGAGCAGCAGGACGCCCAGCACCACAGGUUAAUGGAGGAGAAGUUAUCCAUGCAGAGUCGGUGUGAGGAGACUGUCGCGGAGAAGGCCGAGGAGGCUGAACAGGCUAAACUGGAGCUGAUCAAGAUCCAACAGGACCUGAUGCUCUCUGAGGAUAAGAUCUCGUCUCUGCAAUCUGCCUUGAAGAUCCAGAAGAGCCUUGGAGCCGGCCUUCAGGGUCAGAUCGACACUCUGUCAGCAGCGGAGGAGGAGCAGAAGCAGGCCCUGAACGCUACGUCAGAAGCUCUCAAACAGACCAGGCAGGAGGUCAAAGCCCUGCAGAGCCAAGCGGAAGACAAGGAGAAACUGCUCCUUGACGCGGAGCAUAAGAUCACAGCGCUGGAGGAACAAACUGCUGCUUUGGAAACCAAGGCUGUGGAAUUGAAGGCAGAAGCAGAGAACCUACAGCACACUCACACAGCGGAGAGAGACGGGCUGCAGGCUCAGCUGACCGCCCUGUCGGAGGAGGUGACCAGAAGCAAAGCGCUGGCGGAGCAGCUGCCCGCGUUGAAGGCCGAGCUAGAGGCGGCCAAACAGUCCUGCGGCUCUCUGAAGAACGCUCUGGAGGCCGCGCAGGAGAGCCACGCGCCCUGCGCCGAGAACGCCGCCGGGCUGGAGAGGAGCCUGGCCAAGACCACCGGCCUCCUCGGGCCCCUGGAGAGCCAGCUCCGGGAGCUCUCCGAGGGGAGGGCCCGGCAGGAGGAGUGCCACGUGCGGGAGAUGGAGGGCUUCCUCCACAAACAGAAGGCCCUCCAGGAGCAGCUGGCGGCGUCCAGGGAGGCGGAGCGAGCCGCGACGGAGGAGCUGGCGGCUCGCCGGGAGCAGGUGGCCAACAUGAAGCGCAGCCUGUCGGCGGCGUCCGCCGGGCUCCAGGAGCAAGACGGCGCCGUCAAGGGCCUCAAGGAGAGGCUGAACCGCGCCGAGGCGGCACACACCAAAGCCUCGGUCUCGCUGAAGGAGAAGACGGUCGCCAUGGAUAAAAUCAAGGUGCUGAUGGAGAUGCUGCAGAUGGACCUGGAGGACACAGAGACGGCCAGGACCUCCUUCGACGGUCAGGUGGAGGAGCUGAAAGGAACCAUUGCUCUGCUGGAGAGCCAGAAGACUGACCUGGAAGUCAGGCUGGAGGAUAGUCAAGCUCAGGUGUCUGUGCUGGAGACCCGUCUGGAGGAAGUACAGUCCAGCAACGCCACGCUGGAGAGCCAGUACGAGACGGCCCAGGAGCAUCUACUGGAGUGGAGCGACAGCGGCCCUCACACGGAGGAGGGCGUGUCCGACCUAUUGAGCGAUUGUUUUCAGCAAUUAGAGAAAUCCGAGGUCUUGUCCAAAAUAGUUAACAAAGAGAAAGAAAUGCUGGUUGAGGAUGUCAGUGUUUUAGAAGCACGAAACGAGAAGCUGUUGACCAACUUCUCUAUCCUUAAGAGCAGGUUUCAACCAAUGUUAAGAUCGAACCGGGUGGCUCAUUCUUUUUUCAAUAAAGAGUAUGGCAAGCUACAUGUUGCCUAUAUGCAGAUGAUGGACGAGACGACCAGGCUGAAAGGUGAAAUUCUCGAGCUCCAAAUGAAGAACAUCUCAGACUUGCAGACUGAAGAUUUGAAGAAUUUUGAAAUGGCUAUCAAACUUCAAAAUUUGACCGAAGCAAAGGUUUUGGCAGAAACUAAACUGCAUCAGUUAAUUGAAGAAAAGGCAGAAGCGAAACUGACUCAGGACGAGGCAGAGAUUCCGGACCUACACAAGGUAUCCCAUGAGAACGACGAGUUGGAGACCAGCUUGAAACGACUGGCAGAAGAGCGGCUUCAGUUGGAGAGCGCCAUAAGACUGCUGAUGGCCCCUGCAAACCAAGAGUCUCGGCAGCACUGGGACGCUGUCCGGCGCUUGGCGGAGAGGAACCAGGAGAUCAAGAAGAAAAUUGAUUGUCGCGACUUUAGAGGCAGGCAGUUUGAGUCUGAACGAGAGCUGCACGAGAAGACAUCUGGGCUGCAGAAGGAACUGGUGCUGUUCAAAGAGCAGUAUGCUGCUCUGCUGGAGAAGGCGAACCAGCAGCACAGGGUCAUCCAGCAGCUCUCUGAGACCCAGGGGAGUCCCGGCUGCAUGGACACAGCCGCUCCAUCGCACGGUGACCAGCAGGUGGUUGGACACAUUCAACCUGCUUCUUGCCAGCCUGAUGAAAUGGAGUCCAGUAUGGAAGCUCCUGCAGAGCAGCACUCCACCAUGGCUGCUCCGGAUGCAGACCAGGAUGAACCGCCAAAAUGUCCUGUCGACACCGCCAGGAGGUCGUUCCACCACGAGCUGCCGUGCCGUGGGGUGGCGGAGGCCCGCUGCCCCGCCGCUGAGGCCACAGCGUGUGGAGGGGACCUGGCCCGGGGGCAGCAGAGCUCUGAGCCGGCCGCGGAGGAAGAGAUGGAGCCCUGCUCCCCGCCGCCGAACAUGAACCAGGGCCAGGUGCUGAGGGAGAUGCUGCAGAUGGACCUGGAGGACACAGAGACGGCCAGGACCUCCUUCGACGGUCAGGUGGAGGAGCUGAAAGGAACCAUAGCUCUGCUGGAGAGACAGAAGACUGACCUGGAAGUCAGGCUGGAGGAUAGUCAAGCUCAGGUGUCUGUGCUGGAGACCCGUCUGGAGGAAGUACAGUCCAGCCACGCCACGCUGGAGAGCCAGUACGAGACGGCCCAGGAGCAUCUACUGGAGUGGAGCGGCCGCGGCCCUCACACGGAGGAGGGCGUGUCCGACCUAUUGAGCGAUUGUUUUCAGCAAUUAGAGAAAUCCGAGGUCUUGUCCAAAAUAGUUAACAAAGAGAAAGAAAUGCUGGUUGAGGAUGUCAGUGUUUUAGAAGCACGAAACGAGAAGCUGUUGACCAACUCCUCUAUCCUUGAGAGCAGGUUUCAACCAAUGUUAAGAUGUUACCGGGCGGCUCAUUCUUCUUUGAACAAGGUCAAUGAAGAGUAUGGCCAGCUACAUGUUGCCUAUGAGCAGAUGGUGGAAGAGACGGCCAGGCUGGAAGCUGAAAUUCACGGGCUCCACGAGGAGAGGAAAAUCUCAGACAGGCUUGUGAUUCGGGCUGACAAGUCAAAAGAAGCCUUUGUGGGUUAUUUCGUCAAAUUUGUAGAGAUAACCGCAAAAAAUGUUAAAAUGAAACAAAGAAUUCAACGUGCCACUGAAGAAAAUAUUGAAAUGGCUGACAAACUUCAAGAUUUGACGGAAGAAAGGGUUUGGGCACGACUGGCAGAAGGGCGGCUUCAGUUGGAGAGCGCCACAAGACGGCUGACCGGGGACAAUGUCCAACGGCAAACCAGUCUCGACCUUCCUACCGAGGAGAAACGCCAAUUACACGCUAGCAUGGAUCCUGCGCAGCUAAUGGCCCCUGCAAACGAAGAGUCUCGGCAGCACUGGGACGCUGUCCGGCGCUUGGCGGAGAGGAACCAGGAGAUCAUGAAGUUAAUUGAUAGUCGCGACUUUAGAGGCAGGCAGUUUGAGUCUGAACGAGAGCUGCACGAGAAGACAUCUGGGCUGCAGAAGGAACUGGUGCUGUUCAAAGAGCAGUAUGCUGCUCUGCUGGAGAAGGUGGACCAGCAGCACAGGGUCAUCCAGCAGCUCUCUGAGACCCAGGGGAGUCCCGGCUGCAUGUACACAGCCGCUCCAUCGCACGGUGACCAGCAGGUGGUUGGACACAUUCAACCUGCUUCUUGCCAGCCUGAUGAAAUGGAGUCCAGUAUGGAAGCACCUGCAGAGCAGCACUCCACCAUGGCUGCUCCGGAUGCAGACCAGGAUGAACCGCCAAACCGGCCUGUCGACACCGCCAGGAGGUCGUUCCACCACGAGCUGCCGUGCCGUGGGGUGGCGGAGGCCCGCUUCCCCGCCGCUGAGGAUGAAGGCCCCAAGAUGAACCUCCCCGACCCACACCAGCUUCAAGCUGAUCUGGACCAGAGCCGGGACAAGAUGAGGCUCCUGGUAGAGGAACUCCAGAGCCUCCGCUCCGAGGUCCUCCUGCUGACCUCUGACCUCUCGCUGAGGAAGGAGCUGUCCUCCGAGCUGCAGGGCAAAGUGGACCAGCUGGAGCUGAUGCUCCGGGCGUCCGAGGUCCAGGGUGGCGGCACCGGCGGGAAGCUCACCCUCAGCCUGCGAGAGAGCCGAGGCUUUGAGAAGCAGGUGUUCCAGCUGUCGGAGGAGAGGGACGCGUUAACGCUGCAACUGCAGACCGCCAAAGAACAACUGGUGGAUAUCAUGCAGAUGAUGGAGGGAAUGGAGAUGGCCAAAGGUGGCUGGGACGAGAAGUUCCUCCAGCAGGAGAGUGAGCUGAGGAGGGUGCGCUCUGAGAAGGCCAACCUGGAGCAGCACAUCCUGGGCAUGGAGAGCGAGCUGGAUGCCCUGCAGGAGCACCGCGGCACCCUGGAGAGAGUCCUGGAGACCCAGCGGAGGGCCUUCUCCGGCCUCGAGCUGCAGAUCGACGCGCUCAGGACAGAGAGCACCCAGCUGAGGGCGGAGCUGGUGUCCUGCACCGAGGAGAGGGACGAGGCGAGCCGGGCCGUCGGCCGCUGGAGGCAGGAGGUCCACAGCCUGGAGAAGACCAACGUCGACACCAGACAACUCAUCUCCAUCCUGGAGGAGGACCUCAGGGCGGGCCGGAGGGAGUACGAAGCCCUGCAGAGCAACGCGGAGAGACUGGACGGCGAGAAGCAACAGUUGCGCGGGCAGGUGGGGGCGUUGGAGCAGGAGCUCUGUGAGCACCGGGGCCAGAGGGAGGAGCUCCUGGGCCAGCUCGACCGGGUCACUGAGGACCAGAGCUCGGCCUGCCACAACUCUGAGUCCAUGGCCUCCAAGAUACAGGCUCUGGAGGCAGAUCUGAGUCGUAUGACCCAGUCCCUGGAGUCCUCCCUGCUGGAGAAGGGCGAGAUAGCGUCCCGCCUCAACUCCACCCAGGGCGAGGUCCAGAACAUGAGGAGCGGCAUCGAGAAGCUCCAGGUCCGCAUCGAGUCGGACGAGAGGAAGAAGAAGAAGAUCGGAGAGCUGCUGAAAGAUGCCCAGAGGAAGUCUGACUCGCUGCAGGAUCGCAUCGAUGCCCUGGAGAGGGAGAAGGAAGGCACGGAGCAGAGUCUGGAAGAGGCUGUGAUCCAGGCGGAGAUCGCUAAAGCUGAGAUCGAGGAACUCGAGGACGAGAGGAAAAAGGUGGAGGAGGAGAAGAGCUCCCUGGGCGAGAGGCUGUCGGCUCUGGCGGCGGAGCUGGACCACCUCAGGCAGGAAAAGGAGGCCAUGGAGGGGGAGCUGGAGGCCAAAAGCAGGGUCAUAGAGGAGCUGAGGGCGGCCAAGGAGGAGCUGGAGCGGGGCAUGGAGAGGGCCGAGACGGGGAGGAGAGAGGAGCAGGAGAGACAGAGGUCCGUGGUGGAGGGGAUGGAGCGCGAGGCGGUGUCAGAGCGGGCGGAGGCCCUGGAGAAGUGGUCCAGGGAGAGGCAGGCGCUUGAGGCCAGCGUGAGCAAGCUGGAGGAGGAGCUCAGGGGUCUCCACAGCGGUUUGGCGGAGGCCGAGGCGGAGUGGGCGAGGAGGGAGCAGGAGAGCGACAGCAGGGGGUCUGAAGAGAGGGAUGCCCUGAGGGGCACCAUCUCCUCUCUGGAGGGGGAGGCGUCGGUGCUCGCUGAGGAGAACCAGAGGGCGUCCGCGAAGCUGUCCUCCCUGGAGGAGGAGAAGGAGAAGCUCAUCUCCGGCCUCGCCUCGCUGGAGAACGAAAAGGAGAGCGCGAACGCCGCCCAUGCUCUGUCGCAGACAGAGAAGACCCGACUAGAGGAGGAGAAGGAAGCCCUGCGCUCGAGCCUUUCCUCCCUGGGGGCCGAGCGGGACAGACUCACCGGUGAACAGCAGGAUCUCCAGGCUACCCUCUCCUCCCUGGAGGCAGAGCUGGAGACAUGCAGGCAGUCCUUGUCUCAGGCCACUCAGCAGGUGUCGGAGCUCAGCGGGCAGGUCGGCGCCCUCGCCGAGGGGAGGGACUCUGCCCUCAGCAAGAUGAACCUGUGGAUGAAGACCUGCCAACAGUUGCAGCAGGAGAAGGAGACGCUGGAGCAGAGCUCUGGCGCUGGCAGCGGCACCGAGGCGUCUGCCCACGGAGAGGAGGCCAGACUCCUGGCGGAGCAGCGGCAGGCGGCGGUGACGGCGGAGCUGGAGACCACCAGGAAGGAGCUGGAGGCCGUGACGGCGGAGCUGGAGACCACCAGGAAGGAGCUGGAGGAGGUGACGGCGGAGCUGGAGGAGCGCAGCCGGGAGGCGGACGAGAGCCUGGACAAGUACUGCAGCCUGAUGGUGCAGGUCCACAAGCUGGAGGAGGCCAACGAGACGCUGAGCGCCCGCCUGCAGCGCGGCACCACCCCCGCCACGGCCACCCCCGCCCCCGCCGCCGCCACCACCACCCCCACUCCCAGCCCCGCCAAGAGGCUGUCCAGGAGGCUCUCCAAGCGGCAGGAAGUCGCCCCGGAGGUCGACGCGAAGAACCCCGCCCCUUCCCCGGUGCUCCCCGGGAGCCCGGCCCGCGCCCUGUCGCUGGGCAAGCGCCUCCACCUGGCCAACAGAGACGCGGCGGCGCGCACCCCCGCCAAGGCCCAGGAGGCCCUGUACAACCUGACCAAGAGGAUCAAGGCCGGCGUCGCCACGCCCAAACCAGGAGGCCCCCAGGACGAGGAGUUCAGGCCCGAGGGGCUGCCCGAGCUGGUGCAGAGAGGCUUUGCUGAUAUUCCAAUGGGCGAGGCCAGCCCCUUCAUCAUGAGGAGGACCACCGCCAAGCGCCGCAGCUCUCGGCUCUCCUCCAGACGCACCCCCGCGGCUGCAGACCGCACCGUGACCCAGUCCCCGCUGGCCGACGGCAAGGUAUCGGGGCACCUCUCCCUGACGAGUCCGACCGUUGCCGCGGUGACCCCCGCGGGCCGGGCGGGGCGCCGGUCGCUGAGCCUGCAGAAGACCCCGGAGCAGCGGGAGAAGCGUCGGGAGGCGCUGAGGGAACAGGCACAGCAAGGGGAGAACUGCCAAGUGCAGUAGGCGCUCCCGCUCCACCAGCUCACUCUUUCCUCUCUGCCCUCUGAUAAUCGUGUGUGUGUGUGUGUGUGUGUGUGUGUGUGUGUGUGUGUGUGUGUGUGUGUGUGUGUGUGUGUGUGUGUGUGUGUGUGUGUGUGUG